AUGGCCACUAAGCCGCGGGGUCUUGGAACUGGAAGUCGCCUUGAACCUGAGGACCCUGAAGAUUCCUCCGGCAGCAGCACCGUCGUUGCAUGCAACUAUUCAGACACGCCUCAAGUCCGCACCCCAACCCGCGAGCGCGAGAGCUAUCUACGAUCCAUCACUACCAGCUUAAAUCACCAGUCUGAUCCGGUACAGCAAGGGAACAACACGCCAGAGAGACAAAGAGAGACUGCCGACGAGUCCUCCAUCAACCAGAGCCUCGUCCUCCCUUUGCGCCCCGGUGCCAACGCCAACGAAGACACACCCGAAGGACGCGAUAUUGCAUGGGCUGGAGCAAGUGAAGCAAUUGAAACAAUUGAACGGGCCCUGGAAUCCGAACUCUCGAAUCUCGAAACCUGUUCCGCUGACAUCCCUGUCCUGCCUUUCUCUGUGGGCAGACGGGCUUUGCUUGGAUUCAAGGCAGCUGCUGGUCCCAGAUCUAGUCAGCGCAGGCACAAGCCCAAGAUUGUAACUCCUGAACGCCUCCGUUUCCACAAAUCAUACGCCAAGAUGUCUACCUCCUCAGGAACACCAGAGUCAUGGAUCUCCUCGUUCUGCUCGCUGCUCGGCCAUGAGUACUUCGCGGAGAUAUCGGAAGACUUUAUCGAGGAUGAUUUCAACCUCACGGGUUUACAAACACAAGUCGCCAUGUACAAGGAGGCUUUGGAGAUGAUUCUAGACGUCGAGCCAGAAGACGAGGAAGAGGAAGAGGAUGAGGAUGAGGAUGAGGAACUUGACGAUUCUAUCGAAGGGGAGGAGCGCUCGAACCGCAGAGCAGCCGCAGAACGCAGACACCACCGGAUGGCCUCGGAUCUCUCUAUUAUCGAAUCCUCCGCCGAGAUGCUCUACGGGCUGAUCCACCAACGCUUCAUCUGCUCUCGCGCCGGUAUCCAGCAAAUGUCUGAAAAGUACGAGCUUACACACUUCGGCGUUUGCCCUCGCACCCACUGUGGAGGAACCCGCACACUACCUGUAGGGUUGUCCGAUGUACCAGGUGAAGACACCGUAAAGCUGUUCUGCCCUUCCUGCUUGGAUGUUUACGUUCCUCCCAACUCUCGAUUCCAGACUGUCGAUGGCGCUUUCUUUGGCCGGACAUUCGGAGCUCUAUUCCUCAUGACAUUCCCCGACUACGACCUUUCCAAGAAGGGCGAGCCUAUCUCUGGUUCCCACAACAGCCGAGCUUUACAAGCUGCCGACAAUGAUGAAAAGGAGAAGAUCAACGGCAUGAGCGCUUCCAACCUGGCGCCCGGUCUUGGCCCCGGCAACAUGUACGAGCCCAAAAUUUACGGAUUCAGAGUCUCGGAACGUGCUCGCAGUGGUCCAAGAAUGAGUUGGCUGAGAGAUCGUCCUACCGACGUCACAGAGUUAGAUGAGGCUGCAAUUUUCCACGCCGAUCACCCCGACGACAGCGAAGAGGAUGAUACCAUCGGCGCACAACCUCGACCCCGACAACAAACUCGAAAAACUCGACGGGCAAACGGUGGCGGAAGUCCUAUGGAUAUUGAGCCAAACGGCGCUGCUUUCAACUAA